GUUAAUUUAUGAAUAACGAUUUAUGCCUCUUGAUUAGACAAGUCAGAAUGCCAAUGAGAAUACAAAUCCCUAAGCAGAAGAAAUAACCUGUAUUUCACAAAAAAGCUUACACUAUUCCAGACAAAAUUUACUCUGAUAAAGAAAUCAUGGAAUUGUAUUAUUUUUAACUAAUUAGAUAUUAUAAAAAAUUUAUUAAGGUAGAUAUUGAUGAUUCAAUUGCUCUAGAAAUAAUACAAACAGAUGACUUUAUUAAUUGUAAUAUUAAUAUCAAAUUAGGGACGUUAAAUACAAAUUGAUGACGAUUUAAUCAAUAGAAGAAAUUACUUAGAUCAUCAUUAAUAAAUUAUAAGAUGAUUUCUAAUUGCUAUCCUUAGAAUGCAAAAUGAAAUAAAUCAGGCAAAAG